UCCUUCUGGCUUCAAACUGCCUACUACGUGAACAGAGGUUCCUGCAGCUUGAGAGCCCUUCACUGUAGCAUCCGUCACCAUGGUCGAACCAGCCGACAGGCCGUCUGCGGCCGCACAGAGGCUGGGCACCCCUGAGAGUUUUGGGGUGUCCACCUUGGAGCCAGGCCUGCGUCCUCCUGCCCAGCCUCCAGGGCGACAAGUCUCCAUAAGGGUUCAGAUGCUCGAUGACACACAGGAAGUCUUCCAGAUAUCGCAACGUUCCCCUGGCAAAGUGCUGUUUGACCUGAUUUGUGUCCACCUCAACCUGGUAGAGGGAGACUACUUUGGACUGGAGUACCAGGACCAGCGCAAGAUGACGGUGUGGCUGGACCUGCUGAAGCCGACACUGAAACAGAUCAGACGGCCUAAAAACACCAUCCUUCGCUUUGUGGUGAAGUUCUUCCCCCCUGACCACACGCAGCUCUUGGAGGAGCUGACUCGGUAUCUGUUUGCCCUGCAGAUUAAACGCGACCUGGCCUGCGGUCGUCUUAUCUGCAACGACACCAGCGCCGCUCUCAUGGUCUCCCACAUCAUCCAGUCCGAGAUAGGAGACUUCGACGAGACCCAGAGCUGGCAGCAUCUCCUCCACAAUAAGUACCUGCCCGACCAGGACGCCAUCAGAGACAAGAUCACUGACUGCCACCGCAAGCAUGUAGGGCAGACUCCUGCUGAGUCUGACUACCAGCUGCUGGAAAUCGCUCGGCGGCUGGAGAUGUACGGUGUUCGUCUGCACCCAGCCAAGGACCGAGAGGGUACUAAGCUCAGUCUGGCUGUGGCGCACACUGGGGUUCUGGUUUUCCAGGGGUACACAAAAAUUAACGCCUUCAACUGGUCCAAGGUUCGCAAGCUCAGCUUCAAACGCAAACGGUUUCUAAUUAAGCUGAGAGCAGACCCCACUCAGAAUGCCCACCACGACACGCUGGAGUUUUCCAUGGCCAGCAGGGAUUGCUGUAAGAUCUUCUGGAAAAUCUGUGUAGAGUAUCACGCCUUCUUCAGGCUCUUCGAGGAGCCCAAGCCCAAACCCAAGCCCAUCCUCUUCACCAGAGGAUCCUCAUUCCGGUUCAGUGGACGCACCCAGAAGCAGAUCAUUGAUUAUGUGAAAGACUCUGAGCUCAAGAAAGUUCCAUUUGAAAGGAAGCACAGUAAGAUUCUGUCCAGUAGCAGCAUGUCCCCUCAGUCGUCUUCCUUCAGAUCGCAAGUGCCAAAAGAGAACGCCAUGUGUGUCCAGUUAGCGGACCAGCCUGACUCAGGCAGACUGGAUGAGUCUAAUGGUUCAAAGGAGCUACCAGCAGCCACAUCCUCCACCAACGGCUUUCACGGUAUACCUGCUGUGCCUGGCUCAGACCCGACUCAGUCCCGACAGAACCACCACGGCAUCGAAUCUGCGCUGGACCCACAUUUCCUCAACCCAGAAAGUCCCGGUUCAGAGGACUCUCCAGUGGGAAGCCCCUGUGUGAUUGUUAACGGUAACGGCUCUGUAAAUGGACAGGGAAUGGGCAGCAUUGGUGUCCUGGGUCCAGGUCAGAGUCCUGAGGGACGGCGGCUGUCACCUCUCACCAGCCCGCUGCUCACCGAUGCCGGAUGUGUCCGCAACGAUGAUGACGAGGAGGCGAGCAGGAAGAAGUUUCCCACAGACAAGGCCUACUUCAUAGCCAAGGAACUGUUGACCACAGAGCGGACCUACCUCAAAGACCUGCAGGUCAUCACAGAGUCUUUCAAGAGCGUCGCAGGGAAAGACGAUGCCUUCCCAGACCUUGUUAAGAACCUGAUCUCCGCCAGCUACGAUCCGGUCUACAAGUUUCACCAGGGAUUCCUCAAAGAGGUGGAGCAGCGGCUGGCACAGUGGGAGGGACGUUCUAAUGCCCACAUAAAAGGAGACUAUCAGCGAAUUGGGGACAUUCUCCUUAAGAACAUUCAGGGUCUGAGGCAGAUGACAGUUCAUCUUCAAAAACAUUCAGAGUGCCUGGUCGAACUGGAACGGGCCUGUAGGUCCAGUCGGAAGGCGGAGGCUCUGUGUCGAGAAUUUGAGCAGCAGAGAGUUUGCUACCUGCCCCUCAACAUCUUCCUCCUCAGGCCUCUUCACCGCCUGCUGCACUACAAACUCAUCCUGGAGAGGCUCUGCAAGCACUUCCCGCCCACCCACGAUGACUUCAGGGACUGCAGAGCGGCCCUGGCAGACAUCUCUGAGAUGGUGCUGCAGCUCCAAGGCGCCAUGAUGAAGAUGGAGAACUUCCAGAAGCUUCUAGAGCUAAAGAAAGAUUUGACCGGUAUCGACAACCUCGCCAUCCCCGGGAGGGAAUUUAUCAGGCUCGGUUGCCUCAGCAAGCUCUCAGGAAAGGGUCUUCAGCAGAGGAUGUUCUUCCUGUUCAGUGAUUCCUUGGUUUACACCAGUCGAGGAAUGACCCCGUCCAACCAGUUUAAAGUUCACGGCCAGCUGCCCCUGUAUGGCAUGACGAUCAGAGAAAGUGAGGAGGAGUGGGGAGUUCCUCAUUCGUUCACCUUGUUUGGACAGCGGCAGUCUGUGGUGGUGGCAGCCAGCUGUGCGUCAGAGAUGGAGCGGUGGGUGGAGGACAUCCGGAUGGCCAUUGACCUAGCGGAGCAGAGCAGCAGCACAAACACUGACCUGCUAUCCACCAGCCUCUCUGACAACAAGCUGUCGGAGGAAGGUGGAGCUGAGCUGGAGUCGGAGGAGGAGCUCUGUGGCUCGCGCUCGUCUCUAGAGCGUCAGGGACACCGUGGUAACACCACCGUGCACGUGUGCUGGCAUCGCAACACCAGCGUGUCCAUGGUGGACUUCAGUGUAGCUGUGGAGAACCAGCUGUCAGGUAACCUGCUGAGGAAGUUUAAGAACAGUAACGGCUGGCAGAAACUCUGGGUGGUCUUCACCAACUUCAGCCUCUUUUUCUACAAGUCACACCAGGACGACUACCCUCUGGCCAGCCUUCCUCUGCUGGGCUACUCUGUCACCGUCCCGUCUGAGUCGGAGAACAUCCACAAGGACUACGUCUUCAAACUCCACUUUAAAUCCCACGUGUACUACUUCAGAUCAGAGAGCGAGUACACCUUUGAGAGGUACCUUACUGUGGGUGAUCACUGGUGGGGAUGUAUAACGUUAUAA